CAAUUCACGAGCAAUAGACGUCUGUCGAGACUCCAGUGCAUGCACCUGCUUUUUGCUUCUUGGAGGCUUUGCUUUUCUUAGGUUCAUGCACGGGGAUUGAUUGAGAUCUUCCCUGUCUUUUUCUUCUCCCAUCCCAAAUGAACAGCGACCCAAUUUUCUACUUUGCCAGAGCCAUGAACUAUCCGAGAUCGCCUCGCUUCGCCGGAACUACCAUACCACAAAUCCGACACAUCUUUGCAAUUGUUUGCUCAGGUCUCCGUCGUUUCUCCCGCGAUCGAUGGAAUUGCGCCGUUCACUUCGUCCGUGUCGAGGUUGUUGGCGUGAGCUUCGAUUUGAUACGGUUCAUUGGCGUGAGCUUCGUUUGCUGCGGUUCUGUGCCUUUAUUGCCGAUAAUCGGAUUUGCUGCGAGUGAUUGGCGUGGUGCAUACCUUGGGUGCAAUAAGCCAGUUGAGGUUAGUGGCAAUCAUAAUGUUUUUCCGGUCUUUGCCCUGUUUCCUGGAUUUCUUGAUGUUCGAUUGAUUUCCUUUGGUGGUUCUGCACCUGCUGCUGAACUUCUGUUAGCAAAACUAUGGAGUUCGUGGGCUGUAAAGAUGGAUCUCUUGCUUGCUAAUACCCCAUUUCGUCAUGUCAGUAAGAUUUGAUGUUUUGGUUUAGUUAUUUUAGCUUUUGAUGGCGAGAGCUUUCACUCAAUCAGGUUACAUAUGGGGGGGUUUUGAGGAGCUUGGUGAUUAUCUUUUCAUGUUACAUAUAGUGCCAAUUGUUUCCUGCCCUAUUGUGUUGUGCUGCUGAUUUAGCUUGGUUUUAAAUUAAAUCAACGUCACGUUGUUGUUAUUUUGGUGUUGUCUUGAAUAACCCACUUCCAGAUCUUCCUUAAA